AUGGUUGUCAAGGUUGGUAUUAACGGUUUUGGCCGUAUUGGCCGUCUGGUUCUCCGCGCUUCCCUGUCCUACAGCGCCCUCGAGGUUGUUGCCAUCAACGACCCCUUCAUGACCUCUGACUACAUGGAGUACCUGCUUAAGUACGAUUCCGUCCACGGCACCAUCAACGAGGAAGUGUCCGUCACCGCUGACACCCUGAAGAUCGGUUCCCGCACCAUCAAAUUGUACUUCGAGCGCGAGCCUUCCAAGAUUCCAUGGGGCCAGAACGACGUCGACGUCGUCGCUGAGUGCACUGGUGUCUUCACCAGCAGCGAGAAGUCGCAGCAGCACAUUGAGGGUGGUGCCAAGUUGGUCAUCAUCUCCGCCCCCCCCAGCGACUCCACCCCUAUCUUCGUGUACGGUGUGAACCACACCAAGUACGACAAGAGCCAGCGCAUUGUGUCCAACGCUAGCUGCACCACCAACUGCCUGGCUCCCUUGGCCAAGGUUGUGCACGACAAGUUCGGCAUUGUCGAGGGUCUCAUGACCACCGUCCACGCCACCACCGCCAACCAGCUGACCGUCGACGGUGCCUCCCGCGGUGGCAAGGACUGGAGGGCUGGCCGCUGCGCCGGUGCCAACAUCAUCCCCGCCUCCACCGGUGCCGCCAAGGCCGUUGGCAAGGUCAUCCCCGACUUGAACGGCAAGCUCACUGGUAUGGCCUUCCGUGUCCCCACCCCCGACGUCAGUGUUGUUGACUUGACCUGCAAGCUCGCCAAGCCCGCGACCUACGACGAGAUCGUCGCUGCCGUCAAGGCCGCCUCUGAGGGUGAGCUCAAGGGCAUCCUCGGAUGGACCGAGGACCAGCUCGUCUCCCAGGACUUCGUGCACGACAAGAGGUCCAGCAUUUUCGACGUCAAGGCUGGUAUUGCCCUCAACGACACCUUCGUCAAGCUCGUCUCGUGGUAUGACAACGAGUGGGGUUUCUCCAACAGGCUCUUGGACCUUGCCCUUUACAUCUGCUCCAAGCAAUAA